CCGGCGGAGCCAUGGCCCAGCCCGGGGCUGCGCCGCACGCAGAAGCUGCUCUUCUGCAACGGCUAGCAGAAUUGGAAAAAGUCAAUGCAGAAUUUCUGCGUACAAACCAGCAGCUUGAGCAAGAAUUUAAUCAAAAGAGGGCAAAAUUUAAAGAGUUAUACUUGGCUAAGGAAGAGGACCUGAAAAGGCAAAAUGUAGUACUGCAAGCAGCACAAGAUGAUCUAGGACAUCUGCGGACACAACUAUUGGAAGCCCAGGCUGAAAUGGAGAACAUCAAAGCCAUAGCUACAGUAUCUGAGAAUACGAAGCAGGAAGCUAUUGAUGAGGUGAAGAGGCAGUGGCAAGAAGAAGUCGCUUCACUACAAGCAAUUAUGAAAGAAACUGUUCGUGACUAUGAGCUCCAGUUUCACCACAGGCUGGAGCAAGAGCGAGCUCAGUGGGGCCAAUACCGGGAAAAUGUUGAAAGGGAAAUAGCAGAGUUGAGAAGGCGGCUAUCUGAAGGUCAAGAAGAGGAAAAUCUAGAAAAUGAAAUGAAAAAGGCCCAAGAGGAUGCUGAGAAACUUCGUUCAGUCGUGAUGCCUAUGGAGAAAGAGAUCGCAGUUUUAAAGGAAAAACUAACAGAAGCUGAAGAAAAGAUAAAAGAACAGGAGGCUUCAAAGAAAUCAAAUAUACUGAAAUUCCCAAAAGAUCCAGAGUAUUCAGGAGCUACAAGAAAGGUUAAAGAACUGAACCAUUACCUGGAAGCUGAGAAGUCAUGUAGGACAGAUUUAGAGAUGUAUGUGGCUGUUCUGAAUACUCAGAAAUCAGUCUUGCAAGAAGAUGCUGAGAAAUUACGGAAAGAACUUCAUGAAGUCUGCCAUCUGUUAGACCAAGAGCGACAGCAGCAUAACCAAUUGAAACAUACCUGGCAGAGGGCCAAUGACCAGUUCUUGGAGUCUCAGCGUUUGUUGAUGAGGGACAUGCAACGUAUGGAAAUCGUUCUGACCUCUGAACAGCUCCGACAAGUUGAAGAACUAAAAAAGAAGGAUCAGGAAGACGAUGAACAGCAGCGACUUAGCAAAGGGAAGAAACAGAAACAACAAGAUCCAGAUGAUGAAACAAAAGUAGUAUGCUCUCUAACCCAUGAAGAAUCCCUUACGCAGUUCCUUAAUGAAGAGAUACAUUUAAAUAGCGCUCAUGGAUCAGUCCAUUCAUUAGACACAGACUUGUUAUUAUCUUCUGGUGAGUCUUUCAAUAAAUCAGACAAUGAUCUGUUUAAAGAUGGACUUCGGAGAGCACAGUCUACAGACAGCCUGGGGACAUCGGGAUCUUUACAGUCCAAAACUUUAGGAUACAACCACAAAGCAAAAUCUGCUGGGAAUCUGGAUGAAUCUGAUUUUGGACCACUAGUUGGAGCAGAUUCAGUGUCUGAGAACUUUGAUACUGCCUCCCUUGGGUCUCUGCAAAUGCCAAGUGGAUUCAUGUUAACCAAAGAUCAGGAAAAAGCAAUCACAGCAAUGACACCAGAGCAAGAGGAGACUGCUUCCCUUCUCUCCAGCGUUACACAGGUUGUAGAGAGUGCUUAUGUGUCUCCUAGUGGUUACCGCUUAGUUAGUGAGACAGAAUGGAAUCUGCUUCAGAAGGAGGUGCAGAAUGCAGGAAACAAGCUGGGAAGACGCUGUGAUAUGUGUUCGAAUUAUGAGAAGCAGUUACAGGGAAUCCAGAUUCAGGAGGCCGAGACAAGAGAUCAGGUGAAAAAGCUGCAGGUGAUGCUGAGGCAGGCUAAUGACCAGCUGGAAAAAACAAUGAAAGAUAAACAAGAGCUGGAAGAUUACAUGAAGCAAAGCAGUGAAGACUCCGCUACUCAGAUAUCUUCACUUAUUGUUAGAUCUCAGGAGUCUGAGACCUUACUCAGUGAAUUACAGCAGGCAUUUUCCCAAGCAAAGAGAAGUGUUCAGGAGCAAAUGGCUGUCCUGAUGCAGUCAAGGGAGCAGGUCUCAGAAGAGUUGGUGAGACUACAAAAAGAUAAUGAAAGCCUUCAGGGAAAGCAUAGCUUGCAUGUGUCUUUACAGCAAGCUGAAGAUUUCAGUCUGCCAGAAUCCAUGGAGGAACUCCGUGAGCUGGUAUUAAAAUAUCGUGAGGACAUCAUUAGUGUACGGACUGCAGCAGAUCACCUUGAAGAAAAACUGAAGGCAGAAAUUUUAUUCUUAAAAGAACAGAUUCAAGCUGAACAGUGUCUAAAGGAAAAUUUAGAAGAAACUCUACAGCUGGAAAUAGAAAAUUGCAAAGAAGAAAUAGCUUCUAUUUCUAGCCUAAAAGCUGAAUUGGAAAGAAUAAAAGUGGAAAAGGAACAGUUGGAGUGCACCUUGCAGGAAAAACAACAGCAGCUGGAGAGUCUUCAGGAAAUGAAAAACACUCUUGAAGAACAGCUAAAGAAGGAGACCACUGCGAAGACUAACCUUGAGCAGUUGAUGUUUGAAGAAAAGGACAAAGCGCAGCGACUGCAGACUGAAUUAGAUGUCAGUGAGCAAGUGCAGAGAGACUUUGUAAAGCUUUCUCAAACCCUCCAGGUGCAGUUGGAACGGAUCCGGCAGGCAGAUUCCUUGGAGAGAAUCCGUGCAAUCCUGAACGACACAAAACUGACAGACAUUAAUCAGCUUCCUGAAACAUGA